AAAAAUAUGUUGAUCGGUUGAUGCAGUACUGCUUAGAUUACCGAAUCUGUUUACAAGGGGGUUGAGCUCAUCUUCAAAGGGCUUGGGAGUGAUAGAAAGGGUACCUUAUUAUGAGAGCAAGUACCGCGCGCCGAAGCUCGUCAUCUUCUAUCAAGUUCAGUGCCAUAAAUCAACCACUGUUGCCUGACAAUGGAGGAUACUAUGGAUCUAUAAGGUCAAAGAAGAAAGUGAGACGUCCCUUCUUGUCAGCAAUAACCGAUGAAGACAAUGUAGACGAUGAGGAUCGAUUAGAUUUAGAAGGAUACGAUGCCUCUGUCGACACCACAUGGGAAGAGCCAGAAGUCUCAGUUACAACGGAAGUGCAAGAAAUUGCAAAGGCAUCAUUACCACUUUCAGUGACGUUUUUCUUCGAAUAUCUGCUGGCUAUGAACUCGCUGUUCUUUAUUGGGCAUCUGGGCUCAGCUGAACUUGCUUCAGCAUCCCUCGCGGUGAUGACUUUCAAUAUCACAGGUAUGGCAAUGUUUGAAGGAAUGUCGAGCUGCUUGGAUACCUUCUGCUCUCAGGCGUAUGGUGCCAAAAAGUUCUUCAAAGUUGGAAUAUACGCUCAGAGAUGCACAGUAAUGAUUAUGACGCUAUCCAUACCAGUAUUAUUGUGCUGGUGGCAUUCAGGAUAUUUGCUCUCUUUUAUAGUUCCAGAGAGGGAACUCCUCCAGUAUACUCAGGAUUACAUGAGAAUUCUCUGCGCUGGAGCUCCUGGCCUCAUCAUAUUUGAAACUACAAAGAGAUAUCUCCAAGCACAGGAGAUUUUCCAUGCUUCUACUUACGUUUUGUUCUUCUGCCUACCAAUGAACUUAUUCCUCAAUUACUUCCUCAUUAACAACAUUGGGUUCAUUGGUGCCCCAAUUGCAGUGAUUGUGACGUAUUGGUUUAUGGCCUCUUUUCUGAUUCUCUACAUCAUCUUCGUGGAUGGAAUGGCUUGUUGGAAUGGUUUCACGAUUCGUGCUUUCAAACAUUGGAAGCGUAUGCUGCAUCUGGCUGUCCCAGGGUUUGUGAUGAUAGAAUCGGAAUACCUUUCUUUUGAAAUUCUUACAGUUAUGGCAUCUUACUUUGGUACGGAAUCUUUAGCAGCACAGAGUAUUAUUUCUAAUGUGGGAUCUCUUACUUAUCAAUUGCCAUUUGCAGUUGGAUGUGCGAUAUCCACACGUGUUGCCAUAUACAUUGGAUCAGGGUCCAUGAGCUCCUCGAAAGUUUCAGUUAGAAUCUCGUUCUUUGUUGCUGCUGCUGUUGGGCUCUUCACUUGCAUGGUGAUUAUAAUAUUCAGAGGACCUCUAACAAGACUAUUCAGCAGUGAUGAAGAAGUGAUUGAAAAAUCUAUUCAAAAUAUGCCUAUUUUGGCUGUGAAUCAACUUACAGAUACGUUUAAUAUCAUAGCUGCUGCUGUUCUAAGGGCUCAAGGAAGACAAAAGGGUGGAUCUAUACUCAACGUCAUAUCAUACUACGUUAUCGCAUUACCACUUUCUUAUAUCUUGGCUUUUAGGUAUGGAUUUGAAAUCAGUGGAUUGUGGAUAGGUCUUGGUGUUGGUAUCACAGUUCUUGCCAUUGGUGAAGUGUUGAUGGUUGUGCACAGUAAAUGGCCGCAAAUCAUUAGGGCAGCACAGGAUACACAGGAGGAAGAAGAACUCAUCAUCGAGGAUGAUAGCAGUACAGCAUGUAGUUCUCUCAGAUCUUUUGAAGAAGAAUAAAGGUUAUAGAUGUGCACAUUACCUAAUAAACACC